UUUCUGUUGUUGGUAGCCAUGAUUCUCAGAUCGUUGUGGUUGGCGGAACCUUAUUUCUUUUCCUAUCCGUAGCCGAUUGGUGUCGCGCUAUCCAAAUGGGCAAACCCCGUGGUAUACGCACGGCGCGUAAGCACGUGAACCAUCGUCGUGAGCAACGAUGGGCUGACAAGGAGUUCAAAAAAGCCCACAUGGGCACAAGGUGGAAGGCCAAUCCCUUUGGAGGUGCUUCUCACGCUAAAGGCAUCGUCCUGGAGAAAGUAGGUGUUGAAGCUAAACAGCCCAACUCUGCUAUCCGCAAGUGCGUCAGGGUGCAGCUGAUCAAAAACGGCAAGAAAGUGACAGCGUUCGUCCCCCGGGACGGUUGUCUCAACCACAUUGAGGAGAACGACGAAGUAUUAGUAGCGGGUUUCGGUCGUAAGGGUCACGCUGUUGGUGAUAUUCCCGGAGUUCGAUUCAAGGUGGUGAAGGUGGCCAAUGUGUCAUUGCUGGCUCUGUACAAAGAGAAGAAGGAAAGGCCUAGGUCGUAGGUCAUCUUACAUUGUGAUAAGUGCAGCGUCGCUCUAAGUGUAAAUUUUUUAAAAUGAUAAAUUCAAGUACGCAAUAAAGCUGUGUGUACGACCA